GAUCUCGUUGUCUCCACUAAAAGAGGCGAAGAGAGAAAGAGGGUUUUAGGUUGUGUGUUCUGUUUUUUUUAAGGGUUUACUUCUCGUUGACCCAAUCGAUGGUUGAGUCUUCUCCUGAUUCGUGUUUCAAAGCUGGUAAGUUUAGCGCUCCAGUCGAUCCUUCUGAAUUGCCUGGUCUAUCGAUGUUGAAGACGGGAGAUCGACAGUGGUUCUUUUUCACUCCAAGGAAUAGGAAGUAUCCAAACGCAGCUAGAGGUCGGGCUCCUAAUGGUGAGCGGACUGACUGGGUGAUGCACGAGUAUACGAUGGAUGAAGAAGAGCUCGGGAGAUGUAAGAACGCCAAGGAGUAUUAUGCUCUUUAUAAGCUGUACAAGAAAAGUGGGGCUGGUCCCAAAAAUGGUGAACAGUAUGGUGCUCCGUUUCAAGAAGAAGAAUGGGUUGAUAGUGAUAGUGAAGACGCAGAUAAUGUUGCUGCACCGGAGUAUCCUGUAGUCCGUUACGAGAACAGUUGUCGUGUGGAUGAUACUAAAUUUUGCAGUCCUGUCAAUCUUCAGUUAGAGGAUAUCGAGAAGCUUCUCAAUGAAGUCCCAGAUGCACCCGGGGUUAACUCAAGACAAUUCAAUGAGUUUGUUGGUGUUCCGCAGGGUAAUAGCGCAGAAGUGAUACAGAGCACAUUGCUGAAUAAUUCUUCUGGAGAGUUUCUUGACCCCCGGAAAAUUGGAGUGUUCUUGCCAAAUGGCCAGCCAUACAACAGGCACUCGAGUUUUCAGUCCCAACUGAAGUCAGCAAACUCAUUUGAGGCUACCUCUGGUAUGGCACCUCUUCUAGAUUUUGAGAAGGAGGAGGACUACAUUGAAAUGGAUGAUCUUCUGAUCCCUGAACUCGGAGCUUCUCUAACUGAGAAAUCCACAGAGUUCUUGAACCAUGGUGAAUUUGGUGAUGUUAAUGAAUAUGACCAAUUGUUCCAUGACAUUCCCGUGUCUUUGGAUGACCCUGUUUUUCAGGGAACUUCUACAAAUCUGUCUUCUCUGAGUAAUUUUACUAAUAACACAUCAGACCAGAGACAGCAAUACCUUAAUCAACAGUUUCAGUACCAGGCCCCUGAGAACCAGCUGAAUAACUUCAUGUAUCCUAGUACCACUAUUAAUCAGUUCACUGACAAUAUGUGGUUUAAAGAUGAUCAGGCUGCUCUCUUUGUUCAACCACAAUCUUCUUCUGGAGCAUUCGCUUCACAGUCAACAGGUGUGAUGCCUGAGUCUAUGAAUCCCACUAUGAGUGUAAAUGCCCAAGACAAGGAAGGUCAAAAUGGUGGUGGAACAAGGAGCCAGUUCUCAUCAGCUCUGUGGGAAUUACUGGAAUCAAUACCAUCAACACCAGCCUCUGCCUGUGAGGGUCCUCUUAACCAGACCUUUGUGCGCAUGUCUAGCUUCAGCCGCAUCAGGUUCAAUGGAACCUCAGUGACUAGUAGAAAAGUCACUGUAGCAAAGAAGCGUAUCAGUAACAGAGGUUUUCUUCUGUUAUCAAUUAUGGGUGCUUUGUGUGCCAUCUUCUGGGUGUUCAUAGCCACAGUUGGAGUUUUGGGAAGACCUGUCUUGUCAUGACCUAGACUCUUGAUGCAGGAUAAGUUAGAAGAAAGCAUGAUCCUCAUU